UUUUUACUUGGGCCCCUUUUUCCAACCUUGACCGUGAUGACUGCAGGCAAACAAGCCCAUGGUUCGGCCCACACCAAGAAAUCAGACGAACGUUCGACCAUGACAAGAAUGCAUUCUUCCACCAAACGUCCAAGAGCCCCCAUCGCCUGCUUUCGCUGUCAUCACAAAAAGGUCCGGUGUGAUGGUCUUCAUCCCAAUUGCACCCGAUGUUUAUCAACGGGAGUCUUGUGCGCUUAUCCCAGUUCUCGUCGGUCUCGUAAUACGCAGCCAACCAAUGUCGAUCCUUUUAUUGAUAACUUGUCGCAGUUGGAAGCACGCAUUCGACGCAUAGAAAAUGAUUUAGUUUCGCAACGUGCAUUAAUAGAGUCGGCCAACCCUUCCGCUUCCGCUUCCGCUUCCGAGUCCGUGACCCUUCACGGUGGCCAAGUCGAUUCAUCUACAUCCUCUUCCUCCUCCUCCACUGCGGCAUUUAGCAUGUCUUCUCCACAAAUAUCGACCCCAACUGUGGCAGCUGAUCUUACCAAACAAAUGGUCAAGAUAGAACAAGAAGUGCAAGAAUCAAGAGCCAUCCUUGCUCAACUGCGUUUGCGAGGAGAACAGCGCAUCGCUCGGGGGAAAAGAGCCGCGGCUUCCUCGUCUACCUGUUCAUCUUCGGCGUCUUCUUCAUCCACUUCCGCUGGAAUGUCCCUUCCUAAACCACGGACAGAAAACUCGACUUCCACUUCUGCUUUUCCAAAAAACGAUGGACAUCAGCCUUAUUUGAAACAUCGAAAGAUAUCGUCAUCAGUUUCUGUUAGUGCUUUACAAUCGGCUGCCUAUGGACACUUCCAAUGCGUCGACGCCUUUUGA